ACCGCCCCCAAAUUCUCUCACUCGUCGCUCAGCCGCCACACUCACGCGCUCUCUCCGCCGCCAAGCUUUCGAGCUCUCUCCGUCCACGUGCACAUCAGCCGGCGAGGCCGCCGCCGCCUCUCCCGAUCGUCCUCCAGUCCCUCCCUCCAUUGUCGCCGCUCAAUCGAUCUCCGCCGGCAGGUGCUCUCUUCGGCCGACGGUUAUAGCUGAGCGUCCGGUGAGGCUCCUUCAUCCACACACACUGCCGCGACCGGCCCCUUUCGUCCGAGACAAAGCUCCCCGACCAGUUUUCUCGAGAUCUCAUAGUGGGGACGCAGCAACCUAGUGCAGAAGCGCCUGUGGCCAUGGACGGUACUCUGAUGGUUAGUAGAGGUUGUGGAGAUGCCCAUCAGUUGAAGGAUCUGUCGAACACGGAGGAUUCUAGGAGAAUCAACACGGAGGAUAGUACUCAGCUGGUCAUAAAUCCUCUGCUGCUAGCAUCAGCGUGCCUUGGCUCGUGGAGGGCAUUGAUUUUUCUUCUCGACAGGGAAGACGCACAAAAGCCACCAGUGGUGAUGCAUACUCAGGCAUUUAUUCACCUUCUAAUGAGUGAUGGCGCAGCGAAACAGCCACCAGAAAAUGACAUCGAAGAGGGUGUUGAUCAGCAUGGUUUGCCUGCUGUGUCUGCACCGCUUCUUGAGGGCGUCACGGUUGAGGGGGACACUGCACUACAUGUUGUUGCCAGCCAUGGGGACGAUCGGAAUUAUUUGAAUUGUGCUAGCAUCAUCUAUGAGAGAGCCAAACACCUCCUUUUUGUGCUAAAUGUCAAGGGUGAUACGCCCUUGCAUUGUGCUGCUAGAGCUGGGAAAUCAAAGAUGGUUUCUCAACUCAUUAAUUUAGUUAUUGCAAGUGAGGAUGCCAAGCAUGAACUCCUGAGAAAGGUGAAUUGGCGUGAAGAGACGGCUUUACAUGAUUCUAUCCGCAUCGGGGAUAAUCAUAUAGUCGACCUGCUAAUGACGGCUGACGCUCAACUGGCUAACUACCCUCGCGAAAGCAUGUCACCAUUGUACCUUGCCAUCUUGCUGGACAAGUACAUCAUUGUAAGUACGCUUUUCGACAGAAGUAAAGGGAACCUCUCCUACUCUGGACCAAAUGGACAAAAUGCGUUGCAUGCUGCGAUUCAUCGGAGUAAAGAUUUGACAAUAAAGCUACUGGCAUUCAACAAGAGCCUUACAACACAAGCGGACAAAAAUGGGAGUCUGCCUCUCCACUUCGCUUCAGAUAAUCGGUUGGGUAAACAUGGUAUCCAAAUUCUCAAGCAAGUAUUCACAGCUAACCCAGCCCAACUGUAUCAACCAGACAAGUGCGGUUUAUUCCCCAUACAUAUAGCGGCAUCUAUAGGCGACGAAAGUAUUAUAUCCAUUUUUAUUGAGAGGUGUCCUAGUAGUGCCAGUUUGCGUGAUGCAAGGGGCAGGACAUUUCUUCACCUUGCUGUUGAAAAAAAGAUUGGCAAUAUAGUCUCAUUUGUAUGUCGAAAUUCGUCUCUAGCUUGGAUUUUAAAUUUGCAAGACAAUGAGGGAAACACGGCACUACACCUAGCUGUCCAAGCCAGGAGUCUUCAUUUGUUUUGUUCCCUAUUUGGUAAUCCAAGAACGCUCCUGAGUUUGACGAACAGCCAGGGACAAACUCCUCUUGAUGUGACACAAAUUGGCACCAGUUUGUCGCUUUUUAAGGUUUUGCGAGCAGACAUAUGUAGGAUGCUCAACCGAGGUGGCGCUAGGAGAGGCAUUUGUCGCUCAGAUCACUUUGAAGAGAAGUACAGUAUCCCAGAGAAUGAACCGGAACUAUCAGAGUCGCUGAAAGAUUCAGCACAGGGAACAGGCAUCGUCUCAGUACUAAUAGCCACCAUGACAUUUGGUGCAACUUUCGCUCUACCUGGAGGUUACAGAGCGGAUGACCACGUUAAUGGUGGUACACCAACACUUGCUGGGAGGUAUGUGUUCAGUACGUUCCUUAUGGCCAACACAUUAGCUUUUAUUUGCUCCUCGAUAGCCACGCUCGGCAUCAUGUACGCUGGAAAUCCCAGAAAAAAGAUGUCAUCCCGUAAAAUACACUUCCUGGCAUCUUCGUUCUUCGCUCACGGGUCAGUGACAAGCUUAAGUGUUGCAUUUGCAAUUGGCGUAUAUUCGGUGCUAACUCCGGUUGCACCAAAGACUGCCAUCGCGAUCUGUUUAAUCAGUUCCCUUGUAGCGCUAUACAAUGAAGCUGAAGGUCUGUGGAUAAUGUUUUAUACCGCAAAUUCUAUUCGUAGGAGAAUGGGGUUAAUUAAAGCAGUGAGGCUAAGCAUUCCGGGGACCAUUGGCUUAUUGUUGAGGGGAUUUUGGCAAUUUAUAAUCAUUUUUAUUUGGCUCGCGUAUGUAAGUAAGAGGGAGAAAUAUUAACUAUUUCAAGAGGCGGUGAAUGGUGCCAUGCAUGCAGGCAGAUGAUGAAUUUGUACUUUGGGAAUAUUGUGCGGAAUGUGUCCUAAAGAUAACCGUGGGGUAUUUGUAUUAAAUUAUUUUUACCACCUUUUGUAAUAA